GAGAACAUUUAUCUCUUAAAUUCAUAUUCUCCCCAACAACCCCUCAUCAUCAAUAUUCUCUGGUCUUCUGCAUGCAGCCAUGCAAUGAUCUCCUCAUUGCAACUCUAUCAUUUCUAUCUCUUCUGUAUAUGUUAUUCUCUCUCUAGAAUAUCAUAUCCUUAAUUAUCAAUUUAUCAUCUCUAGCUAGCUAGAAAUUUUUAUAUUUAUUUAUAUAUUUAUAUUUUUUGAAUUUGAUUUGAUUAUUUCUGAUCGAUCGCCAUUUUAUCGUUCGAUCUCAACUUUCCCCUUAUACAAUAAUAAUGGGGAAUUGUUGUCCAAAGGAAGACCAAUCCGCGGAAGAUCCGAAACAAACGGACCAAAAUCAGGAGGAUCAACCGACCACCGCGCCGGAAAAUGAUCCGAUGGGAGCGGCGCCUCCGAAGUCGUCGUCGGCGGGGUCGUCGGCGAAGGUGCAGAUAGGGACGGUGCUAGGGCGGCCGAUGGAGGACGUGCGGGCUACGUACAGCAUAGGGAAGGAGCUAGGGCGGGGGCAAUUUGGGGUUACGCAUCUCUGCACUCACAAGCAAACUGGCGAACAGUUUGCGUGCAAGACGAUCGCGAAGCGGAAACUGGUGAACAAGGAGGACAUCGAGGACGUGCGGCGGGAGGUGCAGAUAAUGCACCACUUGACGGGGCAGCCCAACGUGGUGGAGCUCAAGGGCGCCUACGAGGACAAGCAGUCGGUGCACCUCGUCAUGGAGCUCUGCGCCGGCGGAGAGCUGUUCGAUCGAAUUAUCGCCAAGGGACACUACACGGAACGCGCCGCCGCGUCUCUGCUCAGAACCAUCGUCCAGAUCGUGCAUACCUGCCAUUACAUGGGCGUCAUCCACAGAGAUCUUAAGCCUGAGAAUUUCCUCCUCUUGAGCAAAGAAGAGAAUUCUCCUCUCAAGGCUACAGAUUUUGGUCUUUCAGUCUUCUACAAGCAAGGAGAUGUGUUUAAAGACAUAGUUGGCAGCGCAUAUUAUAUUGCACCAGAAGUCUUGAGGAGAAGAUACGGACCGGAGGUAGAUAUAUGGAGCGUUGGUGUCAUGUUAUACAUUCUUCUCUGUGGAGUGCCUCCUUUUUGGGCAGAAUCGGAGCAUGGAAUAUUCAAUGCAAUACUGCGUGGGCACCUUGAUUUUUCAACUGACCCAUGGCCAGCAAUUUCACCCGGGGCAAAAGACCUGGUUCGAAAGAUGUUGAACUCAGAUCCCAAUCAAAGAUUGACUGCAGCUCAAGUUUUGAAUCAUUCAUGGAUCAAGGAGGAUGGGGAAGCACCAGAUACACCAUUGGACAAUGCUGUUUUGGACAGACUCAAACAAUUUAGAGCCAUGAACAAGUUCAAGAAAGUUGCCCUCAGGGUCAUCGCAGGCUGUCUUUCAGAGGAAGAAAUAAUGGGAUUGAAGCAGAUGUUCAAGGGCAUGGACACCGAUGAAAAUGGCACAAUUACCCUUGAGGAGCUGAAGCAUGGGCUAGCUAAGCAAGGGACAAAACUGUCAGAAUAUGAAGUUAAGCAGCUGAUGGAAGCUGCUGAUGCUGAUGGCAAUGGGACCAUAGACUAUGAAGAGUUCAUUACAGCAACAAUGCAUCUCAACAAAAUGGAUAGAGAAGAGCAUCUUUACGUUGCAUUCCAAUACUUUGACAAGGACAAUAGUGGGUAUAUUACAAUAGAAGAAUUAGAACAGGCUCUACGAGAAUUCGGCAUGAAUGACGAGAGAGAUAUUAAAGAAAUCAUAUCUGAGGUUGACAAUGAUAAUGAUGGUCGAAUCAACUACGACGAAUUUGUAGCGAUGAUGAGGAAAGGCCAACAAGACUCGGAUACGAAUCCUAAGAAACGGAGAGAAUCGUUCGUUGCAUAGUAGUGGAGAGAAUAAGUUUCAUAUAUAGUAACUCAAGGGUAUACAUAUAUAUAUAACCUUAGCCGCCUUGCAGCAUUUUUACCUGCCAUUUCCAGGUUAGGUCAAAGGAUGUUCGUGGAAGUUAACGUUAAAUUUCGAAUGCUCUUGAGAAGGGAAAGGUGCAUGGUGAGGGAAUUUCAUAUCUUUGUAAAAUAUUAGAUACAUAGUACAUAUCAUGGGGGAGUAUAUUGUAUAUAGUUGUAUUCUACAAGUGUAAUAUUAUUGGUACGAUAGUAAACAAUGAUAAACAUGCAUGCACAUAUCAUUUAUAG